AUGGCUACCACAGCGUCGCUGGAUAAUAUUUUCUUCUAUCAUGGCCCACCUUCACAGUCGACCGUGCGCAAGCCGCCCGAACGAUCUCCCGCCGUGAGGGGCUGCCCUAGCCAAGUCGUGUUCAGCAUACCGAGCCCUCGCGAGCCACCAGUCGACUAUACCGGCGCCGGCAUUGACACUGGCUCUCUGAAGCCUCGUAUAGUAUCGACAAUCGCCCCAUCGCACCGCCAGGAGCUUAGUCCAUCCCAGCUAUCGUCUGGGGCUAGCGGGCAUAUCGUCCCCGAAGAGACUACGCAGACUCCCGAUGCAGCCUGCUCGACGGUAGGCGCGUCGGCCCCGGGAUCAGUGGGCAGUAGCCGUGCGCACUCGGCAGAAUCUGUCGCAGCAGCAUGUUCGCCACCGCUGCAGAUCGAGUUCACCGCUCCAUUGAGCAGCGCAGCCGAUCUGCAGGCCUCGACGGAAAGGUCCCGCGGCGCCAAUAUCACAUCCGCCGGACCCGGUUCCCGUUCUUGCACUGAAGACAUGGAGUCCGUCUUGGUCGCAGAAACGGGUAACACUUCUGGACUAACGUCUGAUGGUGGAGUAGCUGCUCGCGAGUUAUCGACAGGACAGCCUUCUGCACGCACUACAAGCUGGCCGAGCCCGCCGAGUUGCGUUGACGCCCAUAGACACUCUGUUGGAUUAUCACCCUCGACCUGGAUCCCAUUGGCCAAUUCCGACGGCAGUGACGGUGACGUCUCCUGGCGACCACAACCAUAUGUUGCUGACCUAUCGCGUCAAGCCGCUUCUCUUUACAAGGCUAGCUCGCGGUGUCUACAAUCUGGACCAGACAAUAACGUUCGAUCCGCCGAAUCCGUCGAAGCAGAUGACGCGCCUCGUGGGGAAAUUGCGAGACCGGGUUUACAGAAGUCUUCGGCGUCCGGCACACAUUUCCGGUCGAGAUACUUGCCUAAGGCUACAAGCGAUGACAUCGAAAGCGAAGCUCCGCGGAAGCCUUACCAGAGAGUUCGCACGAAAUUGAGCUCGCACUCGAGCAGCAAUAGUGCACUUCGACCAUCACGCCGUGGGCCAAGCACGAGACCUGAAACCGCGAUUCGACCAUCCAGACCGACAUGGGCUGUAAACAGGAUUGUAGGUAGCAGGCGUCGUGGAUCAAAGCUGUACUACAGAGUACGUUGGCAAGACACGUGGGAGCCUGCCAAAUGUCUGCAGGGUAGCGCAGACACCGCCAUUCAGGAGUAUGAAGACGCUACUAAGUGGAAAAGCACGUGUUCGCAGUAG